CCAUCGCCAUGUCCAAGGAUCCGCGUGGAUCUGCCUAUGGCACCUAUUCUAUAAAUAAUUCAAGCUCCAAUGCCAUAAUCAGCAAUUCCACAAACAAUUCUAACAAUAGUUCCACCAAUAAUAUGAACAGUAGUACCAAUCUUAACAAUACAAAUACAUAUACAAGUCGUACUGGCAACGCGUAUCCGGAAAGUAAUAGAAGAUCUGUCAGUUACGAUGCCAAACGAAUCCGUCUUCCUUAUGAUUCUGCUAAUGGGUCUAGACUGAGUUUCCAAUCCGAUGGAAUCAUUGAUUCUCACUCAACUUUUAAUCUCAAUUCGACCAGCAGCCCCAGGACCAACCGUAUCUCCCUGGAUGGUGUCAUCUAUGCUCCGAAAUCAAGUUCACUAGAUCCCGGAACUCGUUCCAGACCUCCUCAGGAGAGAGACCUCUCGCUGAUGUCCACAGGAAAUCAGAUUACAGAUUCAAUAGUGCCUCCUCCAUCGCUAGCUAUCGAUAACAAUAUCAAUCCAAGCUUUUCCUUUUCAGAGCAAGACGAUUCUAUGCAAGACUUUUUGGUUUCUCCCAUAAAAAGUGACACUCUCUCAUACCCUACACUUCGUGGCGAUGUAAUGGUAAGUCCUGUAGUAGAAUCUCCUGAGAUUCCCUCAGCUGCGAUGUCGCCUUCUCCUCCCAAAUCUCUCACAAACAGCCUUGGUUCCAAUGCCAUAGGUCUGAUUAUUGGUGGAUACAAUUAUAGCAAGGAUUCACUAGAACUUUCGGCUAAAAGGGAACAGUCCAGCUACGACGUAGACCACAACAGACAGGGAUCUGGAUCUUCAACGAUUUCUAACAACUCAACCAUCUCAGCAACAACACCUGCUUCUGAAAAGGCUAACAAAGAUAUGCGUUUCGUGAGAUACGCCAUGAGUACACAAUCGACUCUAGUGAAUUCAUACAAUAACAAGUGGCUGAUGCCAAACGUGUUGAGAUGGUUAGAACAGAAUAGCUUCAAUCAGUCUUGGAAAGAAACGUUCCGCAGAAACGAAAUAUCAGGCAAUAGAUUCCUUGAGUUAGAGAACUUCGACAAAAAUUCCAUGAUCUGGAAACAGUUCUCCAAGUACCUUGUACUAGACGAUAACAACAACUCAGUGGACAGGUUUAUAGAUCUUUUGCGGAAGGAAAACUUUCAUAUAGUAUCGCCAUUGUACUCUACGAGAAAAAUCUCCAAUGAGUCCAAUUCUCCGGUUUUACUCACCCACGCCGCAAAGUCAGAAAACAGGAAAUCCACACCGAUUUUCUAUAAGCACAAAUCGACGGCAUCUAUAUCUUCGUCAAAUUCAUCUUCUUCUCUCAACAACAGGCCAGUUUCAUAUGUGGAUCCUGCCAGUUUUCCUAACACUAGUUCACAUCUGUUCUUCAGAAAACACCAUCGGUCUUCGUCCAUCGAGAGUCCUACCUUCAAGGAAUCGAUCAGUGCUCCUGCCAGUUCUAUCAUUCCUAACUCAGCUGGAAGGAGUGGUAUUUUCAGCACUCUACGGAAAAUCGGUGGUGAGAAAGCAGCGGAAAUCGUAAAACAGGAAGCGAGAAGGCUAUCAAGAUCUAGUUAUCAAAGUGUUCCCGAGGACGAACUUGUAUACGCUCGCAACGAAGAGAAAUCUGUAACUCCGAUCAUUGAAAUUGUUGAACCUGAUGCAGAAGAGUACAUUGACAAUUAUGAUGAAAGAUACCUUCCUCGAGCAAACCCUUCUACUGCAUCCCCGGUCAACACCAUAUUGGUCAGUAAGGAUAAUGUGUCUUUUGUGCCUGUUUCAAUCACAGAAGCAGAUACGAUAGAUAUUCAUUUCAUCAAGGAGACAUUGGUAAAAACUUUGGGGUUGAUAAAUAUCGGACUAAUCACGUUUCACAUGACGGAAUUUCACUCGAAAGAAGGUAUCUCUCUUCCAGAUGACAUCCUUUUGAGAAUUGUAAAGAAAGAAAAGAACAUCAAGUUGUUGGUUAGACAGGAACUAGGAUCACCAUCUGGUACUGCUACAUUCUCGACAAACUCGUCUGAUUCGAAAUCGUUUGAAUGGAAAGGUGAUAACAACGACGAGCAAGGUUAUCCUGCGACUCCUCAGUAUUUAUUGGGCAAUUCCAAAGAUUCUAAGGUCGAUUAUUGGAACUUCAAGGAAAGUACUUCGAACGAUAGACUCUCUAAAAUUAAUGAAGUGCCCUCUGGCAGAACUCCUUCUGAUGGAAAUGACCAGUCAAAGAAACAACUCGCGAACCAACACUUUCCAUUGAGAUUGCCUUUCCCAGUUCACAAGAAAUCUUCUGAAAAGCUAAAUUCAGGUUCCAAAACUCCAUCUCUUGUUAUUAAUACCAAGCAUUUGAACGAAGUUAAACAGUCAGUAUCUCCAUCUUCAGCUCAGUCAAAUAACUCGUUUAGAGUCAUAAGGAAGGAAGGAAGAGAAAUCGAUUUUGACAAAAGGAGAAAGUCGCCAUACGAAUCUAAGGCUCCCAAGCUUAUUCCCAAUAUUUACUCCUCGUCUGUUUCAGAUUCUUUGAGAUCUCCUGUCUCCGCAACGACUGUUCUAACGUUGAAAGACGAAAUUCCGCUUGUUAACAGAGGCUCCAAUGCGAGCACGUUGUCUCAAGGAGGUAUAAUAGCGAAGAGAGCAGCUCCCCCACCUCCACUUUCGAAUAAGCUGAGUAUUCGUCGUGCGAACUCCGUCCUCAAGAGAUCGCUCAAGAGCAGACUGACCUCAGUAGUCUCUCUCAAACAUGGCAAUAGUCGGGGGUCUGGAGGAAGACUGUCUAUUGGAUCGAAGAAUUCAGACAUCGAUGAUGAUUUCUUUGUGAAGUCUGUAAGAAACGACAGCAGAGAUAGCACUCUUGAGGGAGACAGGGAUGAUGAAGAAGAUGAUGACGACGACGAUGAUGACGAGUUUUUCAUGCGACCAAUCAACAGGAAACAAGAUAAGCUCCAGAGAGUAACGUUAACAGACACCACUUCGAUUCAUACGAUGAACGUUAGACCUCCUGUUGAUGAACUUUACAGCAACUUAGAGAAGUAUUUCCCUAAUACCAAUCUCGAUCAACCUAUUAUAGAUGAUACACCAGUAUCUCCACUUCCAAAAGAAGCGAUUGCUACAACUGCAUCUGCCCCAGUAAGGAAGCCUACGAUUUCUAGAACAUUUUCCAAUGCCAAUAUGUCACCAGUUAACCCUACAAUUGAUUCGGGCGACGAAAUCUUUUAUGGUGACCAAACUCACAAACUCAGUCGUCGUAGAAUGAAAACAAUUCGUGUUGUGGCCAAUGAAGCUCGGAAAAAGUAUCUCGAGAGACAGAAGAACUCACCACCAUCCACAUUUUCUGUGGUAACCAGAGCCUCCAGUAAUGGCAGUGGGUUGGCCAGGUCCAAUACAAAGAUGUGGGGCCAGAAAGUUGUAGAAGUGACGUCCACUGAGAUUGAAAAGGGUUUUGUAAGUAAACUUAGAAACAACAAGAACGGCCAGUUUGAAGAGUUUGCAUGGAUCAAAGGUGAACUCAUUGGCCGAGGUUCAUUUGGGGCAGUCUAUCUUGGUUUAAAUGUCACAACAGGUGAAAUGCUUGCUGUGAAGCAAGUGGUUGUUUCACCGGAAUACAGAGAUUCUAGCAAAUCUGGAGGAAUCGAAGCCUUGCACAAGGAGGUGGAAACUAUGAAGGAUUUAGACCAUGUAAACAUCGUCCAAUAUUUGGGCUACGAGCAGAAGGGCCAUAUCUAUAGUUUGUUUUUGGAGUAUGUUACUGGUGGAUCGAUAGCUUCGUGUAUGAAGUCGUUUGGUAAGUUUGAAGAACCUCUCAUUAGAUUUAUCUCCAAGCAGGUUUUGCUAGGAUUGGAGUACUUGCACUCCAAUGGAAUCUUGCAUCGUGAUCUCAAAGCAGAUAAUUUGCUUUUGGAGCUCGAUGGUACUUGUAAGAUUUCUGACUUUGGCAUUUCGAAGAGAUCAACCGAUAUUUAUGCUAACAAUGCUGAAAUGUCGAUGCAGGGGACGGUCUUUUGGAUGGCUCCAGAAGUCAUUGACAGCAUUGUGGAAGACAAGAAGCAAGGAUAUUCUGCUAAGAUUGAUAUUUGGUCUCUUGGUUGUGUAGUAUUGGAGAUGUUUGCCGGGAAGAGGCCCUGGUCCAAUGAAGCUGUUGUCAGUGCAAUCUACAAGAUUGGUAAGACCAAAUUGGCACCUCCUAUUCCGGAUGAAAUAGCCCAUUUGAUAUCACCAGAAGCCAAACACUUUAUCAAUAGUUGUUUCAUAAUUAAUCCUGAAGAGAGACCUACGGCCAAACAGCUUCUAGCCCAUCCAUUCACCAGAGUCGGGUCUAACUUCAACUUUGAGAACACCAAGUUGGCGAGGGCCAUCAAGUUCAACUCGCGAAGAAGCUUCACUCAUGAUAGGUAGUGCUACGAUGUCGUGAUGAAAUUGAAAAUUGUAAUAUGAAGCUACGAAUGUAUCAUUAAUAAAAUUAUGUACUAUUUACAGAGGAUGUUGUAGUAUGUAUGGGAUGUAGUUGUAUGAAGUGUGUGCCUAGUUGACUUUCAACUCGUUAAUCAUCAACACAGUCUGGAAUGGUUCUACAGGGAAGGUCUUGAGUCUUCUGCAUCUUUGCUUCUUUCUGUAUACUUCGUAGUAAGGUUCUCUGGUGAUCUCCACUACACUAGCUUUGAGUUGGUAGAGGUCUUGAGGUAUUCCUUCGUCGUUGUUGUAUGUGAAAUCAGGUGAACCUAAGGUUGUGACGUUGUCGAGAACCAACAGAUCUCCUACCUGGGCGUUCGCCAAUUUGAAAGGCAAGUAAACUUUGUCUCCCUUGGUCACCAAAUAUGGCAUAUUGUGGAGUUUGAAUACAGCAUAGAGGUGCUUGGAGCCGUUCGAGUUUAACUUCAAAGGAGUCAAGUCUGGUCUGGUCGAGGUAGCAAGAGUACGAGCAGACACUCUGGAAGACUGGAGCAAGGAUCUCAACAUUGUAUGUGAAUAUAAAGUGAAAUGUGAUGAAAUUAUGAGAAUGUUGAAAAGAUAUUAACUAUUGAUUGAAACUCACUUGGAACGAUAUAUUUGGUAUAGUAGACUCCAGACGGGUUGUACAGCCUUCUUAGGUAUUAUAGCAAGAACGAUGUUGUGAUAAAAGGAAACAGUAAAACUUGAAUAUAUGUAGAAUUCAGUAAUUCAACUAUCAGCAAUAGCAGUAUUAGUAUAUGAUGAUUUCAAUUAUCAAAUUCAAUGAAAUCAUAAAGCUGAGCAGCAGUCUUAUAAGCUACAGAAUAACCACUCUAU